UCUGAGUAAAGAGAUAGCGGGAGAGAGUAUGAGGAUACUGGCAGGGCAGGGAGAGCAGGUGAUAUGGAGACAGUGUGGUGAUCUUCUCUGGUGAUGGACUCUGAUGAACUCACACAAGACUACAUAUAUUUCCGUAAGGCUCCAACCCCGAAAGCAGCUGCAGAGGACAGUGAGCGACUGCUGAAAGAGCUGUACAUGUUUGAUGUGCUGAGAGCAGACAGAACUACAGCUGCACACGGGCUGGAGCUGAGAGUGCCUUUCCUGGACCACAGGUUCACUGUCUACUACCUCUCUCUGCCUGAGGAGAUGAGGGUGCCCAAGGUUAACGACUCUCAGUUGGAGAAAGCACCUAACUUAUUCCCUUACAACACCCCACUACCAAAGAACCCUCUCCAUCUACAAGCCAGACAAGGACCAGUAUCCAGGCAACUUUAAGCAUGCUGCAUUAAUAUGAGGAUUAAAGGGAUGACUGCAUUCUCUGCAGUCUGCUUUUUAUUUAUAAUAUAUGGUGGGUCAUAAGUACAUUCUGUCGAACCCUCUAAUUUUUUUAAAGUCUCAGCAGUUACAGCAAAUGGCUCAGUUAUCUCAAAUGACUCGGUUAUCUUAAAUUUCCAAUUAUGCAUGG